AUGAACGGAGACUCGAGUAAACGCGAUGUGCAAAAUCAUCUGUUGUUUGAAAUUGCUACAGAGGUAGCCAAUCGAGUGGGUGGAAUCUACUCGGUCCUCAAAUCCAAAGCUCCUGCCGCGGUCGAAGUUGAGCCCCUCGAACCUACAGCCGGUCCUCUGCGAGACACCAUCACUUCGAUGCAAGAACGUGGCAUCGAGGUCAUGUACGGUCGAUGGCUGAUUGAAGGUGCACCCAGAGUCCUUCUUAUCAAUACUGGCACUGGUUACCGAUGGCUCGAUGAGUGGAAAGGUGACUUGUGGGCGGCCGCUGGUAUUCCAUCACCUGACAGUGAUUCCGAAACCAAUGAAGCCAUUGUUUUCGGCUACUUGGUAGCCUGGUUCUUGGGCGAGUUCAUUGCUCGGGAAACAAACCGUGCGGUAAUCGCACAUUUCCAUGAAUGGCUUGCCGGAGUGGCCCUGCCUUUGACCAAGAAGCGCUCGAUGGACCUGACCACGAUCUUCACUACGCACGCUACUCUGCUAGGUCGAUACCUCUGCGCAGGCUCGGUCGAUUUUUACAACAACCUCCAGUAUUUUGACGUUGAUUCCGAGGCCGGAAAACGUGGAAUUUAUCACAGGUAUUGCAUCGAGCGAGCAGCGACGCACUCGGCAGAUGUAUUCACAACUGUCUCGCAUAUCACGGCGUUUGAGAGUGAGCAUCUGCUGAAGAGAAAGCCAGAUGGUGUUCUGCCCAAUGGGCUGAACGUUAAGAAGUUCUCCGCGGUCCAUGAAUUUCAGAAUCUCCAUUCGGUGCAGAAGGAGAAGAUCCACGAGUUUGUCCGAGGCCACUUCUACGGGCAUCUGGACUUCGACCUGGAAAACACCCUCUACAUCUUCACGGCUGGUCGAUACGAGUAUAGAAAUAAAGGCGUGGACAUGUUCAUCGAGUCUCUUGCUCGUCUGAACCACCGGAUGAAGAACAGCGGAUCCAAGACCACCAUCGUCGCUUUCAUGAUCAUGCCAGCUCAGACAACGUCACUAUCGGUUGAGUCUCUCAAAGGCCAAGCUGUAACCAAAUCUCUGGCGGACACGGUUGCCAAUAUCGAACAUGGCAUUGGGCGAAGAUUGUUCGAACGAUCAGUACACUGGAAAGAAGGCGAUCCACUACCAGAUGAGAAGGAACUCAUCACUCCUGCAGACCGGGUCUUGCUCCGUCGUCGUCUUUUCGCCAUGAAAAGAAACGGUCUGCCUCCCAUUGUUACCCAUAACAUGGUCAAUGACUCGGAAGACCCAGUGCUCAACCAGUUACGAAGAGUACAACUCUUCAAUCACCCAUCUGACCGUGUCAAGGUUAUCUUCCAUCCGGAGUUUUUAAACUCUGCCAAUCCAGUUCUGUCAUUGGAUUAUGACGAUUUCGUGCGGGGUACGCAUCUGGGAGUCUUUGCUUCGUACUACGAGCCUUGGGGUUACACUCCUGCAGAAUGCACCGUCAUGGGUGUCCCAUCCAUCACCACCAACCUGUCCGGAUUUGGAUGCUAUAUGGAAGAGCUGAUCGAGAAUUCAUCCGAUUAUGGUAUCUACAUUGUUGACCGCCGUAUGAAGGGCGUGGACGACUCGGUCAACCAAUUGACCGACUAUAUGUUCGAUUUUGCCAACAAAAGUCGAAGACAACGCAUCAAUCAAAGAAAUCGUACUGAGAGACUCAGUGAUCUUCUUGAUUGGAAGCGCAUGGGCAUGGAAUACGUCAAGGCCCGACAGCUUGCUCUUCGACGUGCCUACCCAGACUCUUUCACGGAAGGUGACGAUUUUGACGAUUUCAUUGGGGGCACGGAGCAGAAGAUCUCCAGACCUUUAUCUGUGCCAGGAUCUCCUCGUGAUCGGUCUGGAAUGAUGACUCCAGGUGACUUCGCAUCUCUACAAGAAGGCAGAGAAGGUCUAAGCACGGAGGAUUACAUUGCUUGGAAAUUACCUGAGGAGGAGGAGCCUGAUGAUUACCCAUUCCCUCUGACCCUCAAGACCAAGAAGGGCUCUGAUCCUAAUUCGCCUGCUCCUCUGGUAGGUGGGUUGAAUGGAUCAUCAUAG